AAAAACAUCCCAGGGUUUGCAGUAGCACAGGAAAAUGUUCUCUCGGCUUGUUUGCAUCAGUGAUUAUGAACAACAUGCUAAAUCUGUACUUCAGAAGUCUAUAUAUGACUAUUAUAAAUCUGGGGCAAAUGAUGAGGAAACCUUGGCUGAUAAUAUUGCAGCAUUUUCCAGGUGGAAGCUAUAUCCAAGGAUGCUCCGGAACGUUGCUGAAAUAGACCUGUCGACUUCUGUUUUAGGGCAAAAAGUCAGUAUGCCUAUCUGCGUUGGGGCCACUGCCAUGCAAUGCAUGGCUCACGUGGAUGGGGAGCUUGCAACGGUGCGAGCCUGCAGGUCACUGGGGACUGGCAUGAUGCUGAGUUCCUGGGCCACCUCCUCAAUUGAAGAAGUGGCAGAAGCUGGUCCCGAGGCGAUUCGCUGGCUGCAGCUGUACAUCUACAAGGACCGUGAGGUCACCAAGCAGCUUGUGCAGAGGGCUGAGCGAAUGGGCUACAAGGCCAUAUUUGUGACGGUGGACACACCUUACCUGGGCAACCGCUUUGAUGAUGUGCGUAACAGGUUCAAGAUGCCACCCCAACUCAGAAUGAAAAAUUUUGAAACCAGUGAUUUAGCAUUUUCUCCUAAGGAAAAUUUUGGAGACAAAAGUGGACUUGCUGCAUAUGUGGCUAAAGCAAUAGACCCAUCCAUCAGCUGGGAGGAUAUUAAAUGGCUGAGAAGACUGACAUCUCUGCCCAUUGUUGCAAAAGGCAUUUUGAGAGGUGAUGAUGCCAAGACGGCAGUUAAACACGGUUUGGAUGGGAUCUUGGUGUCAAAUCAUGGGGCUCGACAGCUUGACGGGGUGCCAGCCACUAUUGAUGCUCUGCCAGAAAUAGUGGAGGCUGUGGAAGGGAAGGUGGAGGUCUUCCUGGAUGGUGGUGUGCGGAAGGGAACUGAUGUUCUGAAAGCUCUGGCCCUGGGAGCCAAGGCUGUGUUUGUGGGGAGACCGAUCAUUUGGGGCUUGGCUUCCCAGGGAGAGAAAGGUGUUCAGGAUGUCCUUGAGAUACUGAAGGAGGAAUUCUGGUUGGCCAUGGCUCUGAGUGGGUGCCAGAAUGUGAAAGUCAUCGACAAGACAUUGGUGAGGAAAAAUCCUUUGGCUGUUUCCAAGAUCUGACAGUGCACAAUAUUUUCCCAUCUGUAUUUUUUUUUUUUUUUUGGCAUGUGUUACUUGACAAAGAGACACUGUGCAGAGAGUGACCACAGCCUGUAAUUCCCCACUUCGAUACAAAGGGUGUCAUUCUUCUCCAGCAAAAUAGCAAUCCCUUGCUAUUUUAAGUUCAUUGCUUUUGACUUUUCAAUGAGUGUCCUAGGAACCUUUUAGAAAGAAAUGGACUUGCAUCCUGGAAAUAUAUUAACUGUUAAAAAGAAAACAUUGAAAAUGGUUUUAGACAACGUCAUCCCCUGGCAGCCUCACGUGCUACAAACAAAAGAUAUUCCUGGGUAAAACUGGGGGUAGCUAGUGCCGAGGUCAAAAGAUAAUGAUCUCCCUGUUUAUAAACCUUCACUAUAUUUGGAUAUCCCUAAAACUGUGUUCUUAAAGUCUAAGGGCAACUUUAGAAGGCUGGAUGUGCCUGGAGAAACAGGAUGUUUGGAUUCACAACACUAAGGAGAUAGCACUUGAUAGAAUUGGGAUAAAAGUGAUUUUCUAGAUACUUUUUAACACUCUGGGCUAUGUGACUUCUUUGAGUGUAGAUUUCCAUUCACAUCUUCAGUAUCUGAAUAUAUCUGAGUAUUUUAUGAUAUAGACUGCUUUUUUUUUUUUUCAGUCUACUUCUUAAUCAGAGAGAAAUAAAGCAUUUUCUGAAAAGUAGCUAUCUGGCCCAUAUGUAACAGUAUGGGAUUCAACUCUUUUAAUCUCAGAACCCAAAUACCUUUCUGUUCCUCCUAUGCAUACUCGUUCAUUCUUUUAUACCUCAUUCUCCUUCAUUAGUUUGCUUCUUCCCCACUCACAGUCACAUGUAAGGCCAGCUUCAUGAUUUACGAAGGCCAUGCCAAGUGAAGAUGUGGGCCCCCUGUUCAGAAAAGCAGGAAAAAGGCUUUCUUCCAAGAUUUUUCUCUGAACCUGUCGUGGAAUCUUUUCUUUAAUGCCAUGUUUCCUUGGGCAGGGGGAUCCUCAUGGGUGCCUGAACACUUCCCUGUGAUCUAUCCUGACUCCUUUGUGCCCAGGGCCGUGAAGGGGGCUGACGGUGAUGCUGUCAUUGGGGCUGGAUGAGCCGGCAGCCAAGGACUCACUCAAGGGACUUGGGGAGGUAGCAGUGGGUGGAUGGGUUGGAGGAGGGACAGUGUAUCAUUCUAGACUCCCAGGCUGCAGCACGUGUUCCAUGAUCCCCUGAUCCUUUACACAAACUCAAAGAUAAGAUUAUUAAGAAUUUUAAGUCAGUAAGAACAUUAAACUCAAACAUGAGGCCCCCCCUUUGGAGCCUGGAGUCCUGUGUAACUUCACUGGUUGCCUGUCCAUGAAGCCCUGGUCAUAUGAGCUUCACAUUUAUUCCCUAGCCAGAUUUUUGACAGAUUGUAGGUAAAGUUGGUAACCAAAGAGAGUUUGAAACUUCUUUUCACCAUCUCCCUGGUUAUUCAUUUACUGUGAAGAAUUGAAUGGAACAAUUGAGAGAGAAUCACUACCUUAAUAUAUGAUGGUGAUGCUAUAUUUUGUUGUUUUAUUAUAAUGUUUUAUUAUUCUCUGAUCUCUCUUUGUCUCUUUCUUUCUCCCUCUCUCUCUGUCAUUCUGUCUUUCUUUCUUCUUCCUUCCUCCUCUCUUUCCCUUUAAAUGCUAGAGUAUUCAUAAAUACUCUGAGGGACACAAACAUAGAUCUUUCUUUUUGAAAUCAUAUCUGAGUCUGAUAAAAAAGAAUCAUUUGGGACUUGCUUGGUGGCCCAGUGGUUACAAUUCUGUGCUUCCACUGCAGGAGGCCCAGGUUAAACUCCAGUCAGGGAACUAAUAUUCCCCCAUGCCACAUGAUACAGCCAAAUAAAUAAGUAAUAUGAGGUAAAAAAUUAGACAUUUAAUGUGAUGAAAAUUAUGCCUUAAGUUAUUCUCCAGAUACCAAUAAAAAUUUUGACUGUCACAUCA